GUUGUGUUCUGUCUGUCCGUCUGUGUAUGUGUGUGCGUACGUGCGCGGGCAUGUGUGUUGUAUGUAUGACGCUUUCAGUUCGUUCGUUGUUGUCCGUUGGAAUGAACUAAAAAAACAUGGAGUCGUGUAAAGAUUGUCGUGUUUUUGUGUUGUUUACAGUCGCUCUUCUUACUUUAACGUCUCAUUUAACGCGAGGACAGGACACUGCUGACUGCCCAGCAGAUGGACGCACGUGGUUGCCGUUUGGUGACAACUGUUAUCACUUUGUUCAUGGAGAAGAGGACACGGCACAAAGCUACUCAUUUGAAUCUGCACAAGACAAGUGUAAAUUAUAUGGUCUCUUGACAGUUAAAAGUGCUCCGGUGAAUGACUUCAUUGUAAAGUACAGCCCUAAUGUGUGGAAGCACGAUGUAAACAUCUGGCUUGGGAUCGACUAUGACAGCGAUGAUGAUGUGUUCAGGUGGAUUGAUGAUGAAAGUGUUUUGCUGUAUAAUAACUGGGAAGACGGAGGCUCAGAUGAAACUGAUCUUGCUCUCAUGGACACCUGUAUCGUUCUUCACUCCAGCACAGGAAAAUGGGAAAAUGUCAGCUGUUUAAAUGAGCCUGCGACUGGCGUCGUAUGUCAGACCAAGGCGGUCUGGCCAAGCGCACCAAAGAGCAGUCCGUUCCUCUCGGCUCUGGUCAUCAUCAGUGUGGUGCUGAUACUCGUCGUCUCUGCGGUGGUUUGGUUCCUUCACCAAAGGAACAGUCCGGGUUCAUCGAUCCUCAACCUUAUCGAGUACAACCCUCCCUUCAGAUCCCCAUCCGCAGAUCAGACCUGCUUGGUCGAAGCCGAAGAAGUUGAAGACAUUCCUUAGAGCAGAAAUCUGUGAUGUUUGAAGACACAGCAGGACUGUAUAUGAGAUAAUGAUUGUCUCCAUCUUUACUUGUUGCUUAAAGGCUCCUCAGCUAUGGGCUACACAGAAACAACGACAGAGUCGUAACUAAUACCAUCAUUCUUUCUCUGGGACGGAUUGUAGGACUGUAUGGGGAAAACAUGGUCUGUAUGCAUGCAAUAAAGCAUAAGACAGGAUGGGGUUUCCUUAAACAGGUCAAUUAGGUGCAUUGAUCAUCAGUGUUUUGCCAUAUGACUAGUUGUUGACUAUUUUGCUUUUAAGGAUGUUUCUUAACUGUCUGAACUGUUUUGUUUUGUUUUGUUUCCUUAAGAAUAUUUUUAAGUCCUUUUACUGAGCAAUCAGACAGAUGACACUGGAGUAGGGACACUUUUAUUUCCCUUAAAUGAAAGAGUUUAUCUAAAAAUGAAAUUGCAAACAUUAUUUUUCAUCCUCAGUUGAUUCCACACCUACAGGUAUAUACAGUAGUGUUAUAAAGCAUGGCAAUUGUAUAAUAUUUUUUACAAAGCUUAUGUCUGUCCAAUAAGAGCAUUUAAUGAUAACAAGCUCCUAAUAGGAUAAGAAGCACUAUUAAAUUGUGUUACAUAAGAUCUCUUCUGUUGUCGAACUCUAAACCUGAGUGUUAAAAAGUCACUUUUAUGAGAUUGAAAUGUUUGUGUAAAUUAAUAUUUGUUGCACUUUAUAAUCACAAGCGUUUUGUAUAUAAAUACUGCUGCUUUGAUUGCCAUAUUUUCAUCACAGAUUUUAAGUUUGGAUGUGCCACUAAAAUGUUUUACAAAUCAAAUUGUUUUAAGAUUUUAUUUUUCCAUAUAGUAUAUGAACAGCAAGCCAUUUCUUAUAGAGAAACUCGUAUAGUCUUUCAAGAUUAAUAAAGACUGAAAACAGA